UAUUUUAGGUGCACUAUAUAAGUAGAGUUUCAUUCGUGGUGUGAAAGAUCAACGUUGGAAACCACUAUGAACUAAGAGUUUCAUUGAGUCUAAUAAAAACUUGAAACUUGAAAGUGUAAUACACAAAAACAUGAACACUCCAAUAGUGCUAGCUUUACCAUACCCAGCUCAAGGACACGUCACUCCCUUUAUGAGCUUCUCACAAAAGCUGGUCGAGAAUGGAUGCAAAGUCAUCUUUGUUAACACGGAGAUCAACCAUAACCGUUUUGUGAGUUCCAUGAUGGUUAGGGAAAAAGACAAUAAUACCCUUGAUGAUGAAACAAUAAAACUGGUUUCCGUCCCGGAUGGUUUAAGCCCUGAGGACGAAAGAACCAAUUUCGCCAAACAAUGUGUUGGUUUGAAAAGCAGCUUGCCUUCAAUUCUUGAGAAAUUGAUAGAAGAUUAUGGAGUUAGUUGCAUCGUUGUUGAUUUUGCAAUGGGAUGGGCAUUGGAAGUUGCGAAUAAGAUGGGAAUCAAAGGCGCUUUUUUCUUUCCAGCGUCAGCAGCUAUGUUUGCUUUGUUGAACAAUAUUCCUAUGCUCAUUCAUCGUGGCAUCAUAGAUUCUUCUGGACUCCCAGUCACUAAAAGGACAUUUCGGUUAUCAGAAAGUAUGGCUCUUAUGAGCACAGAAACCCUGUAUUGGUCAAACACUGCUAAUGACCCAAUAAAUGCAAAGACGCUAUUCGAUUAUGUAAUGCAUUGCGGACAAGCUCUAACCAUGUCACACUGGUGGUUGUGCAACACUGCAUAUGAUCUUGAACCUGCAGUUUUCUCCUUUCUCCCAAAGAUCUUACCAAUUGGCCCAUUGUUAAGAACCUACAACACAAAUUAUAUCACAACAUCUUUCUGGGAAGAAGAUUCCUCUUGCAUGAGUUGGCUUGAUCAACAGCCUCACGCUUCUGUCGUGUAUGUCGCCUUUGGUAGUUUCGCUCUUUUCGAGGAAACACAGUUUCGCGAGCUAGCUUUUGGACUUGAGUUAACAAAAAGACCGUUUCUUUGGGUGGUGCGUCAAGAUUCCGUUAACAACAAAAAUGUUUCUUACAAGCAUGAAUUUGAAGGGAGUAAGGGUAAGAUUGUGGAAUGGGGUCCUCAACAGAAGAUCCUAAGUCACCCUUCUAUAGCUUGCUUUAUAAGUCACUGUGGUUGGAAUUCCACCAUUGAAGGUUUGUCUAAUGGACUUCCCUUCUUGUGUUGGCCGUACUUUUCGGAUCAAGUUUAUGACAAAAUGUAUAUUUGUGAUGAGUUGAAAGUUGGUUUGGGAUUUGAUUCGGAUGAAAAUGGAUUGAUCUCGCGUGAGGAAAUAAAAGCCAAAGUGGACAAACUACUUGCUGAUGAGAACAUUAGAUUAAGGUCACGUGUGCUAAAGAAGAAGAUAGAAAACAACAUUCAACAAGGAGGUAGUUCUUCCGAGAACUUAAACAAGUUCAUUAAGUGGUUGAAGGAAUAGAUUAAUUAAAGGUAAACACUCACGUAUAUCGUGCAGUAGUUAAAAAUAGUUAAAUAAUAAUUUAGUUAAAUAUAUUAAAUUAUUUAAUAAUUUUUAAUUAGUCACUUAGCUUCAAAAUAAAUGAGUUUUUACCUUCAUUAAAGUAGAUUAUAAAUGUAUACGAUAAUAAUCUCUUUAGUAACUCGGGAGGUAUUGUAUAGAUCAAAAGUUAUAAGACUAAAGUUGGUUUAUAAGUAACCGAUUAUUUGUAUAAUUUAUAUUUUUAUAAUAUCAAUUAUGUGAGUUUUAA